AUGACAACAAUAAACCAUCAAAUAUUAUUCAAUGAUGAUGUAGAUGAUAUUUUAUCAGAUGCUGUAUAUAAGAAUUCAAAAUUAGAUUAUUUAUUUCCUAUUAGUAAAACAACAAAAGAAUCAUCAUCAUCACUAACCAACUUAGUUUCACAACCAGAACAAGAACAAGAACAAGAAAUCACAUAUCAACCUCAAUGGAAACUACUACGAACAUUAGCUGGAGCACAUCAAGGAUGGGUACGAGCCAUAGCCAUGGAUGAAGUAACUAACAAAUGGUUUGCCACUGGUUCAGCUGAUUCAACAAUAAAAUUAUGGGAUUUAGCUACUCUGCAAUUAAAAACUACAUUAACUGGUCAUAUAAUGGGGGUUAGAUCUUUAAGUUUAUCUAAAAAAUUCCCAUAUUUAUUUUCAGGAGCUGAAGAUAAAACUUUAAGAUGUUGGGAUUUAGAAAGACUGAAUCAAAUUGAAGGAUGUCAAAUUAAAAAUUUUUAUGGUCAUGUUGGUGGAAUUUAUUCAUUAGCUUUGAAUGAAAACUUGGAUAUUUUAUUGAGUGGUGGUAGAGAUGCAGUUGUUAGAAUUUGGGAUAUAAAUACAAGUACUGAAAUUGCUCAACUACAAGGUCAUACAGAUGAUAUAAGUUCUAUAAUUGUUAAUGAUUUUGAUCCUCAAGUUAUAACUUCAUCAAUGGAUGGAACCAUUAGAUUAUGGGAUUUAAGAAAUUUAAAAACUGAAUUAUGUAUAACUCAACAUUCAAAAAGUAUACGAUCAAUGUGUAAACAUCCACAAGAGACAACAUUUAUAUCUGGUGAUUCAAAUGGUGAUAUAAAACAGUGGGUUUUACCACAGGGGGAUUUAUUAAAUAAUUUUGAAAAUUCAUUAACAGAUCAAAAAGAAAAUAAAAUCAUUAAUUCAUUAUGUAUUAAUCCUAUAACUAAUACUUUAUUUAGUGGGUAUGAUAAUGGUGAGAUGAAGUUUUAUGAUUAUAUACUGGGUACAAUUGUUCAACAAGGGUUUACCCCAUCUUUGUUAGGCUAUGAAGGUUCUGGAAUAUAUGCUUCAACAUUUGAUAUGUCUGGACUUAGAUUGAUUACUUGUGAAGGUGAUAAAAGUAUUAAAAUAUGGGGUAGCGAUUAA